CAGUUUUGUGGAGGGGCCAAUUCCUCAAUCUAAUCAGAGAAGGUGAUGCUGCCCUCUGGCGAGGCGUCGAGGUCCCCCAAUUUUCAGGGACCCUGGUAACGCAUUCUCUGUUAGCCCUGGGAAACUUGUGGGCAGGUGAGCCGCCUCAUCAGUGCUCCUCGUUUCCUUUCCCACUUUCUGUCUCUCUCUGGCGCGUAUCGACCGCAGACGGGGCUUUCCCCGUGAAGUGAUAAACAUGCCGGUGCGUACGGAGUGCUGCAGCAACGCCUCUAUGGCCUUUAUAUCCUCGGCCUCGCUUAUUCCUCCUCCGCCGAUCAACACGCAACAGCCUGGCGUUGCCACCUCGCUCUUGUACAGCGGUUCCAAGUUUCGAGGACAUCAGAAGAGCAAAGGAAACUCGUAUGAUGUUGAAGUUGUAUUGCAGCAUGUGACUAUGGAAGAUUCGUAUCUGUGUGGAUACCUGAAAAUCAAAGGGCUGACGGAGGAGUACCCAACGCUCACUACAUUCUUUGCUGGGGAAAUUAUCAGUAUGAAGCGCCCUUUUUUAACACGGAAGUGGGAUGCAGAUGAGGAUGUUGAUCGCAAGCACUGGGGCAAGUUUCAGGCUUUUUAUCAGUAUGCAAAAACCUUCAAUUCUGAUGACUUUGAUUAUGAGGAGCUGAAGAACAGUGACUAUGUCUUCAUGAGGUGGAAGGAGCAGUUCUUAGUCCCAGACCACACAAUCAAGGACAUCAGCGGCGCUUCCUUCGCUGGCUUCUAUUACAUCUGCUUCCAGAAGUCCACAGCAACCAUAGAGGGCUAUUACUACCACAGAAGUUCUGAAUGGUACCAGUCCUUGAACCUCACCCAUGUCCCUGAACACAGCGCGCCGAUAUACGAGUUUCGGUGACACCAGCACACCAGCGCCGCUGGUAGAGGAGGACUUCUGGCACUUAUCCUGACAACAGUACAGCCGACUGGAGUGGAUGAUAAACUGCCAUGUCUUGCUGAGGAUACGCCAGGCUUCUCAAUGAAGAGAUUGAGGAGGGACCGAGGGACAGAACCACAAGGAUAGGCGUCAGAGUGAGCAUCGGUGCCAGGGGGAGGCAGCACGGGGUGUAUAUCCUCUGGAAUUUGCAGCAGUGUUUUGAUUUGUUCUUUCUUCUCUAAUUUUAAUAUCUGGUUUUAAGCUCCUUUUGAUUACCCGCACUUUCCUUCUGGCCUUGUUUUAAUAUGAGAUCUUCCAGUAAGGCCUUUUUUUUUUCUCCUCGCAAAAUGAAAAGCCAACAAAAGGUUGCAUCUUGUGUUUCUGAUGCCCGAUUUCAGCUUUGGAGAGACACAUUGACUUGUACACAUUGGGGAUUUGUGAAUGAUUGGAUAUUGGAAUGGACUUUGUUGCUGAACCGUAACAUGGGAAAGAGGCAUUUGCGUGAAAUACACAAGUUCCGGCUGUGAAUGGCCCAGAGACCCCAUUGAACCGUUAUUACUUGGCGCUUCGGAGCUGUGUGGCUGUAUAGUCCAUACCCAUAGUCCUGGCCAAGGACAUGUUUUUGGUGUUUAUAGCUGGUGUUCCAUUUCAGCCGGGUGUAUUCAUGGAAGGAGGCUAAUGUUCACGUUAUGGAAAGAAUCGCCGUACACCAGUCCGAAUAGGCAAAUAUUUUACAGGCACCAGUACCUUUGAGAAAGAGAGCAAUCGGCUUCUCUCAUGACAGUGAAUUUUCUUUAAGUGCCAUUCAUGUCACCUUUUUCUGACUAUGCAACAUAAUCAUAAUAGGAAGCAUUUGUCAAAAUUUCAUUUGUUUAUUUUCCGAAAAUAGUUUUUAUGAACUAGUCUUACAUCAAGGCUUAUAAGCUGUGUAAUAUGUUAAGAACACUCACUCACCUGCAGUUACAGUACAUAUAAGUGAAUACCAUGCAAGCCCAAUAAUUUAAGUUUCUUUGCUAUGAAAAUGCUUCUCAGAUAACACUAGGUGUCAACCUACAGCUGUAUCCCCCAGUUUUGCAUUAUGUUUACUGUUAAUUGGAAGUAAAUAAUAACAACGCAGUAUUUUAUUUCAUAGGCCAUCAGAUGCCUGCAAUGUAGUUUAAAUUAUGCAGGAGAGAUGCUAAAGGAGACGCAUUUGAGGAUUAGCAGUGUACCCCUUAAAAAGAUGAAUGAAUGAAUAAAUAAGAAAGAAAGUAAAUAAAUAAAUAAAUAAAGGCAAAAUCCAAUAUAUCAGUGGAAUAGCCAGACCACAGACAGAUUGGUUAGAAGUUGUGUCUGGUGUAUAGCCUCCUUUUUUCCGGAAGAAAUAAUGAAGUGGUUACACAUUUCUGUGAAAUAUAACAUUUCCAUUCUCUAUUACUUUACCGGUGGGCCAGCACAGAAUGACAAGGACAGUCAGCUACACAUUUGAGUGCUUGCAUAGCUGGUAAAGGAACCAAAAUGAUUACAGUUUAAAAUGGCCUAAAAUGAAUAUUUUAUGUAAGAAUAAAUGAUUUGGUGGAAAUUCCAUGAAAAUCUAACAAGUAGAGCUACUUUCUUGUGUUUAAAACGGUAUAUAGAAUUAAGUUAUUUUAGUAAGAGUGUGAAAAAUAAAUCUCAAAGCUUGAGCAUACCCCCUGCCUUAAAGUAAGAUAAAAUAUACAAAACCUCAUUUUACAGUCUUUCAGAAUAACCCAAGUAUUUUCAUUUGAACAAUAAAAUAGUACAUCCCUGAUUGUAGACCAUUUUAAUUUUGAUUUGUGUUUGUGCAUGUUUGUCUACGUGAGGGCAUGUUACACUAACUGGCUAAAUGUAGUACUUCUGCCAAAGUGAUCUUUCACUUUUAGCACAUUCCAUUUUUCUGUCAUGCACAAGCCUACUGUGUCCACUCUUAGUUUGCCCUGUUGCUGUGGGUUUACAUGCUCUGAAUUUGCAUUGGUAUCAGGUGACACAGACUUAAGUAAGGAAGAAACACUUAAUAAACCUACCUCAAGGGUCAAUUCAAUAUGUGCCACUUCAUACUGACAACACAAAAGUGACUGCAGUGCUUUGGCAUAACUUAUUUUUAUGUGGAACAAAAUGGAUUCCCUCUGUAUGGCAUUCAAAUGUUUAUGGGAAUGCAAAUAUUGUGCAGUCCAAUUUAAAGAAUAAUUGAUACAUUUCUCAAUGUUUUAUAGUGAUUACUAUCCAGGAGGAACCAAAUGGAAACUUGCAUGGAUUUUUCUAAUCCUAUCCAAUCACCCUGGACACAAUACAUUUUGAUUGUCCCAGGUCACCCUAGAUAAUAGCAACUGCAAAGCAAAGUGGGUUUGCCAUUACAAAUGGGUUCUUGGGACAAUAGUGCACUAAAACGGUGAGUUUCUCAUAUGUUAAAGACCUCACAGUCAUCUAUACCCCUGAAUAUAUUGAAGUUUCACCACUUUUGUGUUGUUUUCCUUUCAGGGGUCUGUUGAGUAGAAGGAAAAAUCAUUGGACAGAACUAAAUGGGCAUAAUUUUAAUGUUAAUUUUGCUACUCUGCAGACAUAAAAUCAAGAUGAAAAGAGUUGUGUACAGGACCUAAAAGAAAUAUAUUAAUUGCAUAAACGGUAUGUAAAAUAAAGGAAAAAUGAAUACUUUUGUAAAUAAAGGACUUACAUUUAU